UGAAACCUCAAGCAGUGAACAUCGUGUGAUUUGUGUCGUUCAUACAUUUUUUUUUUCUUCUUUACGGAAUCGUUUCUACUAUGUCAUUGAUGGUGCUGUUAUUAUUCCAAUAAGGAAGAUCGGGAACAAAUCGCAUAUUGUCGCGAACGUCGUUGUCGUUGUGGUUGCGAAACAGAAAGAAUUUCAAUUUCAAGUGAACUAAAUGUACAGCGGAUACGAAAUUAUAUGCAAAUGAGACGACAAAAAUAAGUGUGGAUUGUGAAACUUUUCUCGAAUGAACUUUAUUGUUUAUCCCCUGCGGUCGUGACAAAGGAGGCGUACAUUCAGCGAACUUACACGCUAAUAUGUAUUAGUGCGUACAGGCAAGGCAUGUGCAAGACUAUGUCAUCAAUAAAGUGCAAAGUUAGCCAUUGAUUUUUUCAAGCACAUACAUAAUUGAUGAACUCGAGGAGCAUUCUUAAACUUUUCAAAGGAGAAAAAAGUUGUGAAUUGAUACUUGAAGCUUAACGAAGCGAACAACGUCGAUAAAACAAAUUAAGUGACCUUAUGGCAGAAAGACGAAGAAUAAAUUGAUAAAUAAAUACAUUCUAUUAAUGCUCUCGCCUUGAAAUCGACUUAGGAACGUAGUCUUUUUGAACAAGUGGAUCUUGUGUUACAGACUACACGAGUGUUGGUGUAAUGCAAAGAAGAAAACAAACAAGUGUCUAGUCUAGUACACUGAUAAAUACAUACACACAUCAAACGAUAAGCAAGUUGGAGAGAAAUCUAAAAAAUGCGAAACAACAUCAACAACAACAACAUGGAAUCAUCAUUUUACGAAGAUAGUAACGGGCAGUAUGUUCCAGCCACAACCCAGGCACCAAUCAGCUCAGGAAAUAACCUGAAACGGCCGGCAACGUUGGAGCUGAACCCUGGCAAAAGUCGUAAAGCACGAUUCAAUGCCUCAGUGACAGCGCCACCAGUGCUCACUUCCCCGGAUCUGCAAGUUCUGAAACUUGUCUCACCGGAACUGGAAAAGAUAAUCAUCAACAAUGCCACUCUACCUACGCCAACGCCAAGCAGUAUUCUCUACCCGACAAAGGCAACCACAGAACAGGAACAAUUUGCCAAAGGCUUCGAUGAAGCUCUCCUGUCCAUGCACGAGAAAGAUAACAUCAGCAAGAUGAAUAACAACAAUAAUAACAAUAAAAACAUCAACAACAACACUACCACGACAAUCACCGCAGUCUCGGCUGUCUCUACCGCAAGCACUACCACUCACAAUACGAUGAGUGGAGGUGACAUCACCUAUACUGAUCUCGACUGCUAUCCAGGUGUGAUCAAAGAAGAACCCCAGACUGUGCCACAGUCGCCACCGGUAAGCCCUAUCGAUAUGGAGAACCAAGAACGCAUCAAGCUGGAACGCAAAAGGUUACGAAAUCGUGUUGCUGCUUCCAAGUGUCGCAAACGAAAGCUCGAGCGAAUCUCCAAGCUCGAAGACAAAGUGAGAGAUCUUAAAACGCAAAACUCCGAGCUAAGCAGUAAAGUGUUCAACCUGAAGCAGCACGUCUUUCAGCUGAAGCAACAAGUAGUAGAGCAUCACAAUUCCGGGUGUACGAUCCCAUUAUCGGGCAAAUUCUAGAUCUUCACGUGAUCUCCCCCGUCUCUUCAGUUACCUUAGCUGUAAAGUUCUAUACUUAAAUAAUACAGUAUAGAUCGUAACGAGAAAUUAUUUAUUUCCAUUAAAUCUUCUAUAAAAACCUAGACAUUAAUUUUCUUGGCGUUAGCAUAAGAAACGGAAUAACUUAAAGCUUGUGUGCUGCUUAAUUACGACAAACAGAAAUGCCUUACGAGAUGGAACGAGCGAUAGUUAGUGUUAACCUUUAGUGAUUUAAGUAAUUUCUUAGUGGAAAAUAGAUGAAAAGCGCUUAUUUUUUGGUUAAAACGAAACGCGUAAACUACCCCUACAAAGCAGGAUAUUCUAGUCUUCUGAAGAAGUUUAUGGACAAUGAAAUUGUAAAAGUUUUAUGUUUUUAUUAUGUUUCGUUUGAACAAAACAAAAGAUGAAUCCAAUGUGUCAUAUUGCUCCUACCCAUAUUUUUAUAACAAAUUG